AGUGCUGCAUCGAGAUGACUCCGAGGCAGCAAUACACGGGGUCGCGGCGACGCGGGGCCAGUACGGGCUUCAUAAUGGCGGCAACUGCAGUAGCAGCAGGAGUCGCACAAGCCUUUCUAGCCCCCUUCAACCCGCCUGCGCAAGGGGGAAUUGGAGUACAAAAAGCAAGCAAUAUAAUGCAUCAACAGCAUCAACAAAAGCAUAGCAUAAGGAACACCCGUCUCGCGGCCACCCUCGCUGACCGUCCCCGGUCCACAUCUUUCGAGGAGUCAAGCAAAGAAAUUGAAGCGGAAACCGUCGCGCUCAAGCCUCCAUCGCGCGAAGAACAAGCUAAGGAUUGGUUCAACGCUGUUUUGGCAGACCGCGACCCCCACCCUGCCUUUGGGCGGGCCACGGAGGAAGGGGUGGAGCGCUUUCUGGCAGGGGAAACGAGGGCACCGACCCGGCGAGAAGAGGCAUGGCGGUUCACGGAUCUAAGCCGUCUGUAUGGGCGACGGCCAUCGAAGCCUCCCGCGGUCCUACAGCCGGCCCAGGUGACCGCAUUGAAGGCGAAGAUCGAGGAACACACCUUGGAGGUGUGCGAAGGACGGGUCGUGGUCUUCGUGGACGGCGUCCACCGACCCGAGUUGUCCCACGUGGCGAGGUUAAAGGAGGAAGGGCCGAAGGAGGGGUGGAGAGCGGGCAGCAUAUUUGAGUUCUCGAAGGAGGAGCAGGAGGAGUUGUUCCGGGAGGUCGAGUGGGCGCCGGAGGUCGGGCUCCGGCACACGUUGGCGUCCGGUUCCUUGCCCUUUUCGUGCUUGAACCAGGCCUGUGUGAAAGACGCGGCCUGCCUGGUGGUGGACGAACGGGGAGAGAUGUCGGCGCCCGUGCAAUUUAUCUUCGUCUCCACCUCCAGCCAAGGGGAGGGCGGGGCGGAGGGGGAGAAAGACGUGCGAGUUUCCCACCCGCGCUUGGCGGUGGUGGCGCGAAAACGCUCGGCAGGAAAAUUUGUCCAGUCCUACAUCGACAUAGGCUCGGGAACAGCCUUGGCGAAUGCCUGCACCACGGUGCGUGUGGACCGACGGGCGGAAGUGCAGCACUUGCACGCCAACGAGCUGGGCCCGAGGGGCCUCAUGUUUGACGCGGUCUCUGUCACGACCAAGAAAUUGAGCGCCUACAAGAACGUGUUCGUGAACGUGGGGGGGGAGUUGGGCCGGGUCAAUUUCCAAGCGACCUUGAACGGGACGGAGGGACGGGUGGACACGGAGGGGGUGACCAUCACUGGGGAGGAACAAGAACUCGAUAUCCACUCCUACAUCCACCAUCGCCGGAAAGGCGGGGAGAGUAACAUGUACCAGUGCAACAUUGUGAGUGGGGACAGCCACUGCGUGUUCAAGGGACGGAUGAAAUUGGAGCCACGAGCACGGGGGGUGACGGCGGACCAGCUGAUUCGCUCCAUCAUGCUCACGGACUCCUGCACCGUGGACGCCAUGCCCACCUUGGAGGUGUGUUCGGGGGAUGUGGACUGCACGCACGGGGCCACGGUGGCGGAUAUCGACGAGAACGAAGCUUUCUACCUUCAGUCCAGAGGCAUAUCACGCCGGGAGGCACGCCAGGUGUUGAUGAUGGGCUUCGCUGCUCAGGUAUACAACCAGAUCCCGUGCGAAAAAAUGAAGAAGAGGCUGGGUGAACGGCUCUAUGACGUGUGCCCAGAUGUAGGCAUAGCCAAGAAGUACGAGUACUUGAGUGUGUAGGCAGGGAGGGAAGGAGGAG